AUUUCAACCUUGGGAGCAAACAAGAUGCGGGUUUCCUGGGUCACCGACGAGCGGAGCAGGGCGGCGUCCGUGGUGGAGUACGGCACAUCUCCGAAGAAGUACACGGCGUCCGCCAAGGGAAGCCACACGACGUACCGCUACGGUGUAUACCAGUCCGGCGCGAUUCACCACGUAACAAUCGGCCCGCUCAAGCCCAGCGAGACCUACUACUACCGGUGCGGGAAGGCCGGCGACGAGUUCAGCCUCAGGACUCCUCCGGCGAACCUGCCCAUCGAGUUCGCCGUCGUCGGCGACCUCGGGCAGACGGACUGGACCAGGUCGACGCUGUCGCACAUCCGCGGCAAGGACUACGACGUGCUGCUGCUCCCCGGCGACCUGUCGUACGCGGACAGGGUGCAGCAGCGCUGGGACUCGUUCGGGCGGCUGGUGCAGCCGCUGGCGAGCGCCCGGCCGUGGAUGGUGACGGAGGGCAACCACGAGAUGGAGCCGCGCCAGCACGAUUACGAUGACGCGUUUGUUGCCUACAACAAUCGGUGGCGCAUGCCGCACGAGGAGAGCGGCUCCCAGUCGCAGUCCAACCUCUACUACUCCUUCGACGCGGCGGGCGGCGCGGCCCAUGUGGUGAUGCUGGGCUCGUACGCCGGUUUCGAGGAGGGGUCGGAGCAGCACGCGUGGUUGAAGAAGGACCUCGCCGGCGUGGACCGGCGGAGAACGCCGUGGCUACUGGCGCUGCUGCACGCGCCGUGGUACAACACCAACGAGGCACACCAGGACGAGGGCGAGAGCAUGCGCGCCGCCAUGGAGAGGCUCCUCUACGAGGCCCGCGUCGACGUCGUCUUCGCCGGACACGUUCACGCCUACGAGCGCUUUACGAGGAUCUACGACAACAAGGCCAACAGCCGGGGUCCAAUGUACAUCACCAUCGGCGAUGGCGGCAACAGGGAAGGCCUUGCUUCCAAUUUCAUCGAGGAUCACAAGUCGGCGCAUCUUUCGGUGUUCCGGGAGGCAAGCUUCGGGCACGGACGACUGAGCAUCGUCAACGAGACGAGCGCCGUGUGGAGGUGGCACCGUAACGACGACCAGUACGCCACCGUGGCUGACGAGGUUUGGCUGGAGAGCUUGUCUAGUUCAAAGCCGGCGCCCCAAGCAGCCGCAUGCCGGUCGUUUCGCCCAUGAUUGAGCAGUAAAUGUCAAUGCUCAGUUCCUCGCGUCUGCUCAAAAUUACCCCUCGUGUAUUCUAUAAAUAAGAAGUUUUCGUUUUUCA